CUUCAAGUCAUGGAAGCUCUUCGUGAUAAUCUUGCACUCUGUAGAUUAUUAAAUAUUUUGGUUCACGACCUCGUUGGUAUUAACAUCGGCUGCAUUGGGACUCACUCUUACAUGUGGCUUUCAGCUCUAAGGCAGGCUGUGGCUUUCUCGACCAACAGCGUCCAUCGGUUGUCACAUGGAGGCCAUUACUCGGACAGUUUCAGCCUCUUGUGUAACGCACAUGAGAAACCUGACCAAAGAAAACCAAGGACCGCCAUGCAGUUGGACGCAUGUCUCUUAAGAAUGUGACUCUCUGGGGAUGAGAACCUCCGGGUGAAAAGAAUGAGCAACGCAAAGAGCCACUAAUUUUGCGAAAGGCUUUCUCAACUAUUAUUGUCUCUCAGAUUCAAUUCUUAGUGAGUAGGACUACAAUGGAGGCUCAAAUAUAAAAGUCCCCAACUGGGCUCAGGAUACGGGUAUUUUCAAAAUUCUCAUUAUGUUACAGAUACUUACGUCAUGGACGAAACUACACCGCUGGGGUUGAAGAGCCUCAUUUCAGCGACUGGGUCGCGGAUACCUGAAAAUGCUUCAAUCCUACACUCUGCUGGUGUUGGAGAGUCACUUCGACAAUCUUCGCCGUCCUGGCUCAGGAGAGUCGGCUUAGCUGUGCUACUUCUUCUCAUCCCUAUCGCAUAUGCAGUUCUCCUUGCCAUGAUGGUUUCCUUACACGGAAAGAAACAGAGUUCAUUCGGCGAUACAGUACUCGAGGUUCUCAGCGUUGCUUCCACUCUGCGGCCAAUUUUAUUCGCUGUCGUCCUUGGACCAUUACUGAAGUCUAUCGCGCUCUUCUGUGUUGAACGAGGAUCAGCAUUAGGCUCCCUGGAGUUCCUGCUGACCAGCCAGACCACGGCCUCUGCCCUGAAAAACAUUCUCACGACGGGGUGGAUUGGUAGUUGGGCAAUAUGCGUCAUUGCAGUAUGGUCCCUGAGUCCUUUAGGAGGUCAAGCCACACUCCGCUCAUUAGGUCUUCAGCAAAAUCCGAUGUUCACGGAAUUACCGGCAACAUACUAUCUUGGUAACAACAAAAGUGAGAUCUACCAGUACUAUCGUUCUGGAGCGAGUGUGUUUAUUGGAGCAUCGGCUGAACAGUCUAUGAUUUCUGAUAUGAGAACCGUUCUCUCUGCCUCGUUUUCAACACAGGAUGUCCUUGUCUCUCAUGCCAACACCAGUAGUUCACACUACAAUGACAUAAUAGCUGACCUUGGCGGGAAGUGGGAAGCGUCUUGCAGAGGACGUGGGGACCUAUGGAGGAAUAUUCGUAUACCUUUCCUGGAACUCCUACCAGCAUACGAUGCCAGCGACCCUCAUACUUGGAUUUCCGUUCCCGAGGAUGAAAUCGUCCCUUAUGCUUCGUUGAUUGGACUUCCGAUCAGAGGUGGCUCAUUUGAAAGGCCAGGAAACUCAACUAUGGCAGUCCAUUUCCACUAUCAGACUCUUUCAUGUGGAAAAGCCUUCAAUGGGAGCGAAUGGGUCAGAAGUGGUUCCAUGGCCCCAUGGUCUCACAACACUAGUUCCAGUGUUCCUCUAAGUCAACAAUACAAUGGUAGAGUAGAGCCAAAUAUGGUGUACCCGAAUAUCUGGUUCGACUUCCCUAAUAGCGCAACAAUCACGGAGCAUUUCACAGCAUCAUUCGAAACGGAGCCACAGUCAAAAUUACAGCUUGUGAUGGGAGGCUUAUGCACUACUGCUGUGGGCGAAAAAUCGGAGAUAAUAAGGCUUUGCGAUACCAGCACCUCGUAUAUCGAUAUGGAAGUUGCUUGCAGCAGAGCAACAGGUGAUGCCGACCUCGUUUGUCAGGCCAAACAGGCUAGGCACACACCAUCAUACCCAAUCAAGGGAAACCUGACGGCGCUAUCAAGCCUCAAACUUUCCAGAGGGAUUUUACGGGAACUAUCAUCCACAGGCGCGAGUCAUCAUGUUGAUGAAUCCAGCACCCUCGAAAUGUACUUGAGAGACCCUCUGGGUAUUUUCCAGCGAAUCUUUGGGGGAUAUAGAGAUGAUCCGGAGACUGCUGACAGGUUUGCAUGCUUAGCCUCUCUUCCACCAGAGGUCAUUGAACGAAGACUCGCGACUGCUCUACAUACGAUUACUAUGUCGACCUAUGAAGUGAAUGUGCUAACUGGUGGUAAAGGAUUAUUCUUGGAUGGAGGGGGACCAGUGCUCUGGCAGAAUACUACAGCAACAUGGACGGAGUUUGACAAGGAUAUAUACAAGCUGAAUAAGCCGUGGUUCAUUACGACAAUGCUAUCGACGGUGGUAUUGAUGAUUUGCGCUGUUGACAAUAUCGUUGUUCGCCAGCGUAUCAAAGCCCCCGAUUUUCUGGAUAGUGUCGCCGGGUUGACAAGAGAUUCUCCAUUCGUAGAUGUCUCUCAAGACGGAAGUGGAAAAGGUGGUUCAGACAGACUUGAAACGAUCAAAGAUGCCAAGGUUCGGAUUUGUGAUGUUUAUCCAGAGCGAGAGAUUGGGAAGAUUGCUUUGACGACUGAACUAAACGGUCCAAAGCUGAGAUGGGAGCGGAGCGGAGCUAUGCUUAGUUUCUUUUGCCUAAUUGAUUUACACAAUGUUCUCAUUCUCUAA